GAGAAACACUCAAAGAAGGAGGGGCAGCUACUUGGUGGACUUUUGUGGUUCUUGCAGCAGCGUCACAGCUACUUACUCUCGACAGUGUGGCAUCACUCUCAUAUUACACACAGCGAAAAGCUCUCCAGCCAAAUACCACAGUAUGUAUGAUUGGAUUUAUUUCACAGGUAUAAGGCUUGGCCUUCUUUUUGAAAUGUUUUUCUUUACUUCUUGAAUUGGUUGUUUGUUUCACUAUCCUCUCCAUGGAUGUAUAAAACUAAGGCAAAAUAAGCAAAAAGGAUUGUAAAGUAUUUUUUAUUUUAAUUUGUACAUUUUGGAUGCAUUGCACUGACAAGACAACAUGUUGUUGUCAGCGACAUUAGAGGAACUUCUCACCUAUCUUUUUUGUCUUUGGAGACAGACAUCCAUAAACCACUGGUAGUGUUUAGAGGAUCUGGACACUGGCCAGUGAUACAUGAAAGCUGUUUUACGUUUGCUUUGAAUGAAUAGAAGCGAGAGGAUGUGACAUAGAGAGACCAAGUUCUUGUGAGUUUGACUUUAAAAAUGCUAGUACAAAAUUUAUUUUUUUACCCGUAAUACAUGAAAAAUAUAUUUUCACUUUGUGUAUCUCUCUGCUUAUGAAGAUGGAUUUCAACUUGAGUAGCACAGUGCUCUAUGCGGUCAACAGCACUGUGACCCCCUUCCUCAACAAUACAGGACCCUACCAUCCUGCAGCGGGACCCUGGAGUUUAUUGCUGCUGGUGAUCAUCAUCAUGACCAUCGUGGUGGGCAACCUGCUGGUCAUCAUCGCUAUAGCACGCACAUCCCAGUUACAGACUAUAACUAACAUCUUCAUCAUGUCCCUGGCCUGUGCUGACCUCAUCAUGGGGGUCCUGGUGGUCCCUCUGGGGGCCACCAUAGUGCUGACGGGGAACUGGCAGCUGAGUGACACCUCUUGUGAGCUUUGGACCUCCGUAGACAUGCUCUGUGUCACGGCUAGCAUUGAGACUCUUUGCGUGAUUGCAGUGGACCGCUAUAUUGCUAUUACAAGGCCCCUCAGGCACAAGGUUCUGCUUAAUAAGUGGCGUGCCCGGUUAAUAGUGUGUGUGGUUUGGAUUGUGUCUGCUCUGAUAUCCUUUGUGCCCAUCAUGAACCAGUAUUGGCGAGCAGAGGAUGACCCGGAGGCCUUGCUGUGCUAUCAGGACCCUGCCUGCUGUGACUUUUUGAUCAACCGGACCUUUGCCAUUAUAUCCUCUGUAGUGUCAUUCUACAUCCCUUUGCUCAUAAUGAUAUUUGUCUAUGCCAAAGUUUUCCUUAUAGCCACACGACAGGUACAGCUCAUAGACAAGAUCCGUCUGCGCUUCCAGAGUGAGUGCCCAGUCCCCCAGACGCAACAGCUGAGCCACCACAGUAACAACAUCCUGCCCUUGGGCUAUGGAGGCUCCUGCAGCAGAAGCAGCACCAGCUCAGCUCGCAAGAGGAGCUCCAGGCGAAGGCCUUCACGGCUAACGGUUAUUAAGGAGCAGAAGGCCCUCAAGACAUUGGGCAUUAUCAUGGGCACCUUCACCCUCUGCUGGCUGCCUUUCUUUGUGGCUAACAUAAUCAACGUGUUUGACAGGAAUGUGCCCCCUGGAGAGAUCUUCCGCCUGCUCAACUGGCUGGGCUACAUCAAUUCCGGCCUCAACCCCAUCAUCUACUGCAGGAGCCCUGAGUUCCGCACUGCUUUCAAGAACCUACUGGGCUGUCCCUGGUUUUCCACCCCACGAUUUAACAUCUUCUACAAGGAGCUGCGGACUCGAUGCCCCUGCUUCCUGGGUUUGGCUGAGGCAGGGGCGGCCUCUUUUCAGAAGCCCCCUGCUGCUGCCACGCCUGAGGGUGAUGAGAGCAUGGCCAGCAGUCAGAGCAGCUAUAAGAGUUUGGAACCUUCCCCAGGACCCCCACACUCCAACGGCAUCUCACAGUUCAGUGACUUCUCAGAACCAGAAAAUUAAUUUUUCACAUUACAGGAUGGGUGAAAGAUUUGGAAGCAAAUCUCAAGAAAUUAAAAACAUCAAAAGGCCAACCCCAGCAGUGACUUUCACAACUGACUGAGCAGAGACUGGAAUGGCUAAGAUGAGACUGCACAAAGAACAACCUAAUAAUGCAGAUGCAUUGGCCCUGGUGAAUAUGGGCAGGGAAGAUUUACAAAACCCUGAGGAGGAGAACUGGACUGGGCAGUUUGGGUUGGCUGGCCUGGAUGUUUGGGAGUGGCACCAGUUUAAAGGUCCAGAUCACAAGACUUGAAGACUAACUGUCAACACAGCACCCUGAGGAAGACGGUUCACUGCAACCCAGCAUUAAACCAUCAUCAUGGACUGAGGUAUCCUGGCCUUGUCUGCCACCAACACGCUCACAGCAUACUGUGUACAAUAGGAUGGACUCUUUCUUUACAACCAGGAAUGAUUGCAGAUGUGUAACAGUAAUACACAGUAGAUAUUCAUGCACAAUGUGUGUGACCUCUGGUGUAAAGUGGGCAGUCAGAAUAAAUGGUGUACAUUAUCUAAUGCAAAGUUAUUUAUUAUAUCCUCACUAUCUGCACAUGCAAAACGUGUCAACUUAACACAGGAAUAUCAUGUUAAAUGUCUUUACUCUCCAGUAAUGUCCAUAGUGUAGCAACACAUUUUCUAUUCAGUGUUCAUGUCAUUAACCUCUUCACUGCCAAAUCAACCUAAUUAACUGCACUUGAAAUAUAAGUGUUCUUAUCAAGUGAUCUGCCUAAAUAACACGGGUAAUAACCAGAUCCAUUAACAUACAGUACCAGUCAAGAGUUUGGACACACCUACUAAUUUAAAAGUUUUUCUUUAUUUUACUAAUGUGUAUGUUCUAGAACAAUAGUGAAGAUAUCAUAACUAUGAAAUAACACAUAUGGAAUCAUGUAGUAACCAUAAAAGUGUUAAACAAAUCUAAAUAAAUUCAUAGUAGCCACCCUUUGCAUUGAUGACAGCUUUACACACUUGGCAUUCUCUCUACCAGCUUCACCUGGAAUGCUUUUUUUUCAACAGUCUUGACGGAGUUCCCACAUAUGCUGAGUGCUUGUUGGCUGCUUUUCCUUCACUCUGCGGUCCAACUCAUCCCAAACCAUCUCAAUAGGGUUGAGGUCGGGUGAUUGUGGAGGCCAGGUCAUCUGAUGCAGCCCUCAAUCACUCUCCUUCUUGGCCAAAUAGCUCUUACAUAGCCUGGAGAUAUGUUGGGUCAUUGUUCUGUUGAAAAAUAAAUGAUAGUCCCACUAACUGCAAGCCAGAUGGGAUGGUGUAUCGCUGAAGAAUGCUGUGGUAGCCAUGAUGGUUAAGUGUGUCAUGAAUUCUAAAUAAAUCACUGACAGCUUCACCAGCAAAGCACCCCCACACCAUCACACCUCCUCCUCCAUGCUUCACGGUGGGAACCACACAUGUGGAGAUCAUCCGUUCACCUACUCUACAUCUCAGAAAGACACGGUGGUUGGAACCAAAAAUCUCAAAUUUGGACCCAGACCAAAUGACAGAUUUCAACCUGUCUAAUGUCCAUUGCUCGUGUUUCUUGGCCCAAGCAAGUCUCGUCUUUUUAUUGGUGUCCUUCAGUAGUGGUUUCUUUGCAGCAAUUCGACCAUUAAGGCCUGAUUCACACAGUCUCCUCUGAACAGUUGAUGUUGAGAUGUGUCUGUUACUUGAACUCUGUGAAGUAUUUAUUUGGGCUGCAAUUUCUCAGACUGCAGCAGAGGUAACUCUGGGUCUUCAUUUCCUAUGGCGGUCCUCAUGAGAGCCAGUUUCAUCAUAGCACUUGAUGGUUUUUGCGACUGCACUUGAAGAAACUUUCAAAGUCCUUGAAAUGUUCGCAUUGACUGACCUUCAUGUCUUAAAGUAAUGAUGGAAUGUCAUUAUUAUUUGAGCUGUUCUUGCCAUAUUAUGGACUUGGUCUUUUACCAAAUAGGGCUAUCUUCUGAAUACCACCCCUAUCUCGUCACAACACAACUGAUUGGCUCAAACGCAUUAAGGAAAGAAAUUCCACAAAUGUACUUUUAACAGGGCACACCUGUUAAUUGAAAUGCAUUCCAGGUGACUACCUCAUGAAGCUGGUUGAGAGAAUGCCAACAGUGUGCAAAAGCUGUCAUCAAGGGUGGCUGAAUAUAUUUUGAUUUGUUUAACCUUUUUUUGAUUACUACAUGAUUCCAUAUGUGUUAUUUUAUAGUUUUGACAUCUUCACUAUUAUUCUACAAUGUAGAAAAUAGUAAAAAUAAAGAAAAUCCCUUGUCCAAACUUUUGAUUGGUACUGUCCCUAUUUUAUAAAAAGUGAUAUGUAACUCAAGAUAUUGUUUGCAAUAAACAGUCAUGAAUAUAAGUCAAGGACUUCCAAUGUCAACCUAUAAAAAGCUAAGACCAUUUGGAGCAUCAGCCACACAAAAUGUACCAUCAGGUGUACUGACAUACAGCCAAAUACAUCCUCAUUGUACUUCGUACACACAGCAGAAAAAUCUGCAUCUCUGACCUAAGUCACUGAUGACAGACAUUGCUUUGACCCAUAAGAUCUAGUAACCAUCCCUUGCAUCUCAUGCAGCUCAUAACUUAUUUAUUGUGUGAUGACGAAGCAGUGAAUGAGAUUGAUGUGAUUCCAAAAAAGAACCUUGAAUAUUGUCAUGAACUAAGUCAUUAUGAAUUCUGACAAUGUGUACCUCUACAAACCUUUCACUAAACAUAUGACUGUACAACUGAAAUAAAUGACAAGGUUUCCAUGA